AUGGCAUCCUUCAUCCCGCGUUCCUCCUUUCCCGCUCAGCUCUCGUUACCUCGAUCUUACUUCCUCGGCCAUCAUGCUUCCGGACUCGCGAAGAUGAAGACCAUGCUUUCAUCCAUCGAUCUCAUAAUUGAAUGUCGCGAUUACCGUGUCCCGCUCACGUCCCGGAAUCCAUUGUUUGAGCAAUCACUGGCCGGCCGAGAACGCCUGAUUAUCUACACCAAGCGGGACCUUGGAAGUAAAGACCGGCCAUCGGACAAGAAAAAAGAAGAAAUCGUUCGAUCAUGGCACUCCCCUAGCACAACUCUUUUCACAAACCACAAGUCGAAAAAGGACAUGAAAGCGGUCCUCAAUUUCACGAAAGAAUUCGCCUCGCAAUCGCAGUCCGUCAUAGGCUCGCGCAUCCUUGUGGUUGGCAUGCCAAAUGUUGGAAAAUCAUCCUUGCUCAACGCACUCCGAAUGGAAGGCGUACAUCGUGCCAAAGCUGCUUUCACUGGUGCACAACCAGGUAUUACAAGGAAGAUUGCAAGCGGCGUAAAAAUUGUGGAUAGAGAUGAGGAGAAAGGAAUCGAGGGUGUGUAUUUGGUGGACACGCCCGGUGUAUUUGUCCCAUAUGUGCCUGAUGCGGAGAGCAUGCUGAAAUUGGCUCUGGUUGGGUCAGUCAAGGACACCAUUAUUUCGCCAGUUACGUUGGCGGAUUAUCUACUUUUCCAUAUCAACAAGAAUUAUCCCGGGACGAAUAUAUACCGGGAAUACUGUGGACAGACUAAUGACAUAGCAGAAUUCCUUGAGAGUGUAUGCAAGAAAACGGGGAGGUUGGGCAAAGGUGGUGUCCCGGAUCUGGAUGCUGCUGCGCUAUGGGUCAUCCAGAGAUGGAGACAGGGCAAUCUGGGAACUUUCAUAUUAGAUGAAGUUACAGAAGAUGCGCUGGAGAAGAAAAUGAUGGAGGAGGUGGCCAUGAGUUAUAGUCAAGCCCGGAAACAGAAGAAGGAAGCACAGAGAGCCAAGGCGAAACUAAAACCUAGUGAAGCAGCUUGA